GAACGUCAGUGUCACAGAUGAAAACGAGUACAGGGUUGUGUAGCACAAAUUAUAAAGGUUUUAAAAUGGCAUAUCAUUCCGGUAGUCCGUAUAGAGGAGCUCCACAACAACAAUACAACAACGCAGCGCCGGCCCCGGCGCCGGAUCAAGGUUUUCUUUGGAAUAUAUUUCAGAGGUGAGGUAAAAUACGUCUUUCGUGGCGAUCGAAAUACUCCGCUUUGGUUUGAGCUUCAUUUUGAAAACUGCUGCCACAGCGCAUAAUUGGCAGAGAUAGUAAUAGCACACUUUAUAUGUUCGCUUCGGUACGCAUACAAAGUUAUUGUUUUCAUAUUAUAACCAUGGUUCGAUGAGGACAUUUAUUUGACAGACUGGUUUUAAUUUCUUAAAGAAAAAUGUAGGAUUUUGUAUUAUUAUUAUUGGGAUGUAUUUUGCCAGUCAUUUGGUUCUAGUAAGCACGUUUUUUCUCUCUUCCUAUUUUACUCUCUUGCAUUUUGACAUUUUUCUACCACACAUACAAGGCCUUAUUGUUGUUCAAAGGACUUCUUGGAGUUGAUUUAGUCAAUGGCAUCUAAUGAAAAUAAUCUUAUUUACUAUCGGUUUCUAUUUUGUCGGGCGGUUAUCUUAUGAGAAUGGCUUUGAAUAAACUUUAUUUUACAAGAACUGACGAGAGCAGGCAUGACAAUUCACAUACAGUAAUAACUGACGAGCUGGCAUAAGGUUGUAGUAGAAAAAUAGGAAGUUGCUCUUGCCCCUGGUGGUAGUAUUGAGUUAUGUAAUACUGCAGAGGACCCAUGGUGCUUUGCUUUCUCACAACAUUAAAAUGCUGGAGGCACGCAAGAAAGACCCGAAACACCUUUUUUGAAUAAUUUAUAAGAAAGAGAUCUAGGUCUUAUCUGGCAAUCUGUAUUCCACCACACACUCCACAACCAAGCAACUCACUGGGGCUGGCACUCCCUCCCUGGGUCAUAUGACUGGAGUGGUCAAAGUGAAAAUCCAUGAGUCACUAGCAACUUGGUGCCUUUCUUAGCAUUUUGUUUGGCUUGAGUCAUAGAAUGUUCCUUUUCCACUCUCCACCUAUAGGAUCAUCAGUUUCCAUUACACUGGCUUGUGAAAAAUGUGGGCCACAAAGACAGCCUAAAAUAGAACAGCAAAGGAUCUAGGCCUAGGUCAACAUCUCUGAUGUGGCAAUACAAAUAAUUGCUUUCACUGUCUGGUUUAGGGUCAUGUUGGCUGAAAACCGGUCUCCUGUUCAGAAGGGCUACUCCUCUUCCCCCUACCAUGAGAACCAGCAUGACAUAAGCUGCUAAACCAUUUGAAUGGGAGACUAUGUUCUGCCAGGCAUGUCAUAACUUGAAUCGCUCCGCAGGAAAAACUGAGACAGAUUGGGGAAAUGUUAGGAUUCCAAUGGCUGCUGUGCUGUGCUGUGUAUAUAAUUUUUUGGAUCUGUUCUGAACACCAAUCAGCAAAUGGGCAGAUGGUUCCAACUUCUGCUUCAGGCCAGGGAAAGGAAUGUUAAUGAUGCUCUCCCACUUCACCUCAUUUUGUGUAAAACCCAGUGAGGUAAGUUAACCUGAGGUAGAGAGAGAAAAAAAAAAGAAGAAAUGGAGUGUGUAGUUGGACACAGCACAGACCCUACUCUAAAAGUGUUUGGUUAAUGUUAGGUACCCCCUCUGACCAACCUUUCCCUUUUUAAAGUCUGUAGGAAGUCACAAAGCGUGCCUUCAUGGAAAGGUCAGGAUUUGUCCCGUCUUGCUAUGCAAAGACUGCGGUUUAGUUGGUGUGUUGUUGGGUUGGAGGGGUUGCUAUGUGAGUCAUUCAGGGUGGGAGGAUUGCGCUUCAUUUCACAGAGAAGAAGGUUAUUCCAGAACUGGAAGGCAAGGCCUCUUAUUUCUGUUCAUGUUCAACCCACAAAACGUCUCCCACGUCUAAAUAGAAAGCUUGUACCAUUCUUAUACUGUUCAAUUGGAACACGAUUAAAAAAAAUUAGGCUAAUUAGUUUGUGAUACAACACUUCUGCGACAGACAGCGCAUGGGUAUUGUGCUGAAAGGCGCUGGGUUCUGAGAUUCUACAAUAGAAUGCUAUACGAUAUUUGUGUCUAUUGUAAAUUCAAUGCGAAAACGUUCAGUGCAUCUUUAAUCUAUUUUCCCUUGAUGGAAAAGCCUCCUUUCUUUGGCAUUGCAUUCAAAAUAUAAUAGCUAGGCUGAUUCCAGAUCUGUUUAUGCUGUACCGUAACCAACUCCUAUGCUUGUUGUCAUGCCAAACAUCGUUGGCAAGACUGCACAAACAGACCAUAAUAGCCCUCUUGCCAACAAUCAGGCUAUUACAUCACACACGAGUGUAGCACUAGUAACCCGUGUCAUCAGCCUGUUUGAAUGCAGUUGGUUCGUUUUGGUUUCACCUUUCACUGAUCUGUGAUGGUGGCACGGGGCGUCCCUGUAAAACGACACUCGCCACCAUCCCCACAAGCCGUUGUCCCUCCCGUCCCUAGACCAGCCCACACACUCCCAUUGAAUGGAGUGUUGAGAUCUUGACAAGGGGCUUACAGCGUAGCAUGACUAUAGGGUUUCAACAGGGCUGUAUUGUGUGUUAAUACCGUCUGUCUGUCUUGUUUCCUCCCAGAGUGGACAAGGACAGGAGCGCCGUGAUAUCAGACACAGAGCUGCAGCAGGCCUUAUCGAACGGUACGUUCCUCCUCCUCUAGAACUCAACACUUCCUCCUCUCAUUUCAACACCUGGUUAAGGACAGAGAUGAGAGAAGCUUGGUGUGGAAAGUUGGUGGUCUGAACUUGAAAUGGACACGUUUUGUUUUUACCUCAAAAUGUCCGACCAUCAGGUGAAAAGGUUGUCUGGUGACACAGGGAGAGUACUUCCUGUAUGAGGCAGGAAGUGUCUGACAACAGCUACCACCUGAUUAUCAACUCAAAACCCUCUGGUUGUUGAGAUAUGACAGAGAGGAGUGGCUUAACCAACGCCAUGAGCACAGCAUGACAUUCAUCUUUCCACCAGGCUGGAUGGCGAGAUAUGCUCAUGAUUGAGUCAUUGCCAUGACUGAACAUCGUGUUUACCUUUGGGCACUUGUUCCAGCAAAGCAAACAUUGAGACCAUGUUGAUAAUAACAAUUUAUUCUGAACCUCAACAUUUUGAAUCGAUCGAGGACUCUGCAGUUUUUGAAAUGGAUUGAAUGGAUAUUCUUCUCUCCGACUGUUUUUGGACACUAAAGAUGCUCAGGAGCGGUGAAAGGAGCUGUUAUCUGGCCGUAGCCCUGGUUCAGAAUACUGAUGACCAGGCUGUGUGGAAGGAAGGCAGGCAGGCAGCAGCCGUGUUCACACAGUCAGUCCAGUUCAUUAGUAGGGCUGUGUCAUGAUGAGGAUGUGACUGUGACCAAGCUGCUGACUGAAUGCAAGCUGUGCCCCAUCCUCGGCCGUGCGCUUCGCUGACCAUGCCCAUGGUGUUGUCACUCACUCUAUCACUCACUGUUCCUUUCCUCUUUCCUGUUUUUCUUCUUCUCUUAUCGAUCCUUCGCUCCUCUCCUCUCCCCACUUCUCGUCUUCCCUGGUUUCCUCUCAUCCUCUGCUCAGAGCUGACAUGCCGUCUCUCUCCAUCAGACCCUGUGGCAGUGCCGCUCCCUGACAUACAUCACCAGUCUUUCAUUAAAGGGAAUAUUUUAUAGGUGCCGGGACCUUUUUGCUAGCUCUUCAUAUUGAACUGUCCUCCUAGCACCUGCUCUGUCUGCACCAAGCACCUGCCAAAAUGUGUCCAGACUGAUAUUUAUGUGCUUUGAUUAAUUUUUUUGGUUUCGGAGCCACCAACCUAGUAGUUGCUGAAAUUGGCAGCAUUGCAUUCACUGUGCUGAGUAGUUUGAAUGGCAGGUCUACCUACGUGCCAAGGGAAUCUAGGCCCAUCUACUAAUGAUUAACUCCUGCAUUGACUCCUCCUGAAUCGCCUCAUGAACACACAGACUAAUAAUAACACAGAACAAUCAUGUCUGGCUUUGACAGGGAACAUGCACAAUUAGGCUAGGUCCCAUGUGGCUCAGUUUGUAGAGCAUGGCGCUCGCAAUGCCAGGGUUGUGGGUUCGAUUCCCACGGGGGACCAGUACGAAAUAGUAUGAUAAAUGUAUGCACUCACUACUGUAAGUCACUCUGCUAAAUGACUAAAAUGUCAUGUUUGGCUAGGGGCAGAUUGUCUGGUUUCUGUGGCGAAGUGGCUCAGCCCUCUGCCUGCACUUGGUGUCGGAGAGGAAAGGGGGCGAGAGGGGUGAUUUUCUGUCUCAAGGUCGAGCUCAACCUUGCACAUGCUGUUUUAGUCUGCCUAGAGCAGUUAGAUGUAAGUGAGUGUUACUAUGUUUAAAUUCAAACCUGUGUGAGGGCCUUUCGAUGUGUGUGCGUGUUAUUAUAGAGCUGUUUUCUCACUGAGCCUCUCCUGUCGGUCACCCUGUUCUUUUUCUUCCAUGUCCCCCCCUCCCUGCUCCCUCUUCAUGAGUGGGCACCGGGCAGCACAGUGAGAAGGCCCAGUGUGUUGCACAUAGGAAGCUUUGUCUCACAGGCUGUAAAAGCAGUACAGACCCAGUCCCUUUCACAGCCAGUCCCACCCAGCUGUAAAACCAGACCCAGUUCCGGUCCCACCCAGCUAUAAAACCAGUCCAGAUCUAGUCCCACCCAGCUGUAUUACCAGAGUGGUCCCAGCCCAGACCCAGUUCAGCUGUAUUAGCAGAGUGGUCCUUGACCUAGUCCAGUCCAGUGGGAGACAUCUCCCUGUCUCUUGGCUUAUUGCCGUUGCAGAGUAAAGGCUUAAUGACAAGUGGUUCACUUUACUGCACUGCAAAUCUCUCUCUCUCUCUCUGUCUCUGUCUCUGUCUCUCUCCUAUGUCUCUGUCUCGUCGUCUGUCUCUGUCUCUGUCUCUGAUCUCUCUCCUCGUGAGGGCCUCCCUCCUCCUCUCUCUCUCCUCUCUCUCUCUCUUCUUCUCUCUCUCUCUCCUCUCUCUCAAGAGAGGGUGAGAUGGUGAGUCAGCAAGCUUUAGGGAACCCUGAUAAAUCUCCAGCUCUUUCUCCGGGGUAGCUGUUACCCAAAAUACUGGCUUGGUACUAAGCAUACCCAAGAUAAGAACAUAACGGUUGCUUAAGUCACCAGAGUUCUCCACUACUAACUCCUGGCCUAAUUCCCUCUUCUUCUUGUGCUGUUAUGAAUGGCCUGGUUCAUUUGAAGUCCAAAGGUAUUAACUUGGCAGUCAUCCAGUACGAUUGAACUCUUAGCGGCUGAAAGUCCUCAUUUGUUUCACCCAUCUUAUCUUCUCUCUAUAGGUACAUGGACCCCAUUCAACCCAGUGACGGUCCGAUCAAUCAUAUGUGAGUAGUUGUCUCUCAUUGACCCUUGACACACAAAAAAAACCUUGCACAACGACGGCCCAUAAUAAUGGCUGGAACGGAACGAAUGGAUUGGCAUCAAACACAUGGAAACCAUAUGUUUGAUUGUAUUUGAUACCUUUCCGCUCCAGCCAUUACCACGAGCCCGUCCUCCCCAAUUAAGGCGUCACCAACCUCCUGUGCAUGCAGCUAUCAGCAAAAGGAGUAUUUAUUUCCCACAAACCGGAGGAUGUUUGUUUGUCUCAAAAGGCAUAUCCAUCUAGAAUCACCCUGUUGAUAAAUUAACACACUUUAUUACACCUUCACCAACUGGAUCAUUCUGGAGUCUGAGAAGUGUAGCGGAAUGUGAAUGGAAAAUACACUGCUCAAAAAAAUAAAGGGAACACUAAAAUAACACAUCCUAGAUCUGAAUGAAUGAAAUAAUCUUAUUAAAUACUUUUUUCUUUACAUAGUUGAAUGUGCUGACAACAAAAUCACACACAAAUUAUCAAUGGAAAUCAAAUGUAUCAACCCAUGGAGGUCUGGAUUUGGAGUAACCCUCAAAAUUAAAGUGGAAAAUCACACUACAGGCUGAUCCAACUUUGAUGUAAUGUCCUUAAAACAAGUCAAAAUGAGGCUCAGUAGUGUGUGUGGCCUCCACGUGCCUGUAUGGCCUCCCUACAACGCCUGGGCAUGCUCCUGAUGAGGUGGCGGAUGGUCUCCUGAGGGAUCUCCUCCCAGACCUGGACUAAAGCAUCCGCCAACUCCUGGACAGUCUGUGGUGCAACGUGGCGUUGGUGGAUGGAGCGAGACAUGAUGUCCCAGAUGUGCUCAAUUGGAUUCAGGUCUGGGGAACGGGCGGGCCAGUCCAUAGCAUCAAUGCCUUCCUCUUGCAAGAACUGCUGACACACUCCAGCCACAUGAGGUCUAACAUUGUCUUGCAUUAGGAGGAACCCAGGGCCAACCGCACCAGCAUAUGGUCUCACAAGGGGUCUGAGGAUCUCAUCUCGGUACCUAAUGGCAGUCAGACUACCUCUGGCGAGCACAUGGAGGGCUGUGCUGCCCCCCAAAGAAAUGCCACCCCACACCAUGACUGACCCACCGCCAAACCGGUCAUGCUGGAGGAUGUUGCAGGCAGCAGAACGUUCUCCACGGCGUCUCCAGACUCUGUCACGUCUGUCACGUGCUCAGUGUGAACCUGCUUUCAUCUGUGAAGAGCACAGGGCGCCAGUGGCGAAUUUGCCAAUCUUGGUGUUCUCUGGCAAAUGCCAAACAUCCUGCACGGUGUUGGGCUGUAAGCACAACCCCCACCUGUGGACGUCGGGCCCUCAUACCACCCUCAUGGAGUCUGUUUCUGACCGUUUGAGCAGACACAUGCACAUUUGUGGCCUGCUGGAGGUCAUUUUGCAGGGCUCUGGCAGUGCUCCUCCUGCUCCUCCUUGCACAAAGGCGGAGGUAGCAGUCCUGCUGCUGGGUUGUUUCCCUCCUACGGCCUCCUCCACGUCUCCUGAUGUACUGGCCUGUCUCCUGGUAGCGCCUCCAUGCUCUGGACACUACGCUGACAGACACAGCAAACCUUCUUGCCACAGCUCGCAUUGAUGUGCCAUCCUGGAUGAGCUGCACUACCUGAGCCACUUGUGUGGGUUGUAGACUCCGUCUCAUGCUACCACUAGAGUGAAAGCACCGCAAGCAUUCAAAAGUGACCAAAACAUCAGCCAGGAAGCAUAGGAACUGAGAAGUGGUCUGUGGUCACCACCUGCAAAACCAGUCCUUUAUUGGGGGGUGUCUUGCUAAUUGCCUAUAAUUUCCACCUGUUGUCUAUUCCAUUUGCACAACAGCGUGUGAAAUGUAUUGUCAAUCAGUGUUGCUUCCUAAGUGGACAGUUUGAUUUCACAGAAGUGUGAUUGACUUGGAGUUACAUUGUGUUGUUUAAGUGUUCCCUUUAUUUUUUUGAGCAGUGUAUAUACUAAGAAAAUACAACUAGUUUUAUAUAAGCUCACUCUGACUGUCCAGAAGCAUGCAGUGUAGUGUCCACCCAGACCUUCCAUGUGAUGAAGCCCUUUGUUAGGACAUCAUUGGAUUAAACCGCAAGGGAGAGUUCAAACAGGCAAGACUUCUUUAACUCUGUGUCACAACACAUCGUGCGAGACCUUAAUUCAUUGUGUUAGUGUUACAGCAUUAAACUACACUUCCCAGCUGCCCUUUCUUCUUAGUUGUAGUUCUCAGGGGUCUAGACCUAUUCAGUUAAAAUAAUUCAGGACGUUUCAGAUAAAAAUGUAAUGAAUAAAGAUGACAUGGUGCCCGAUUCUAUAAGACAGAAAAAACAUACCUAUUCUACAAAGUGCAUUUCUAUCAAUGUUAUUUUAUAACGUUGCACCGUACUGAACAGACCCCACUUGAGCUCACUCAUGUCUCCUCUAUUGGCUUCCCUCUCACAGCCAUGUUCGACGGCCAAAGGAGGUGAACUUGACAGAAAAAAACUUACAUAUUCUACAACAGUGCACGGAUUCUAGCACAAGUAUUGACCACACUGUGCUCAUAAUGUUCGGGGUAACGUUUCCCUUGGGGGUUUUCCCUCAAUCCCCGUUCCCAUUGGUGUCCCGGGUCAUGGUUUGGCAUAGGGGCAGGGAAACAUUUCUGCAACCGGGUUUAGUUCUUGGUAAUGGGCCCCUUGUGGUUGAGGUGUCUAAACCCAAAGGUGAAAACCCCACCUAACCCAAAACAUCAAGGGCAAAACAAAGUUUGGCCCCUGAACCUCCUUUUGGGGGCCGUUUCCCUAUUUCCCUGGUUUAUCCAUUUCAACGGGGGUUUUGAUUGUCAACCCCGUUUUCCGGACAUUGCCUUGAUUUGGGUUAUUUUUUAAAUCCUUUAUUUUUUGGGGGAAUUAAAAUUAAAUCAGGUUUUAAUACUCACCCCCAAAGCCAGGUAGGUCCACCAGGUUUUUGAAACCCCUUUUUAGCCUUGGACCCGCAGUUUUAAGGCCUUCUACCCCGUUCACAAAAUGUGGGAACCUUAAUAUGUGGUACCGGUUUUAAAUUACCACUUCAGUUGUUUUUUAGGGGUUUUUUGACCACGUAAAAAUGGGUUUUUAAAAAAAAAGAUAAGAUGAAGGGCGAUUUAAACAAAAACAACCCUUUAAAAGUAUUUUUAAUUUUUUUCCCUAACAUCCCCCUUGAGUCACUAUUCCUAUUUGGUUCCAAAUUAAUGGGAAAAAGGGGGGGGUUUAUUCAAGGGUUGGGGUUGGAAAUAAUCAGGAAGGGAAAAUUCACUUAAAAGACCACUCGGGUUCAGCACCUACAGCCUUACCGGUUCCCGGUUUCAAUUUCCCAUUUACCCCCACGGGGGGAGGAAACCCUGUAUGUGUUCAAAGGGCCCGAAUUAAUGCCUUUUAGGGUUAAGUAAAAGCAUAUCCUGAUUACUGUAUUUUCAAAAGUUUGUUUCGUGGGGUUAGGGAAUUUAAAAUUGAAAAAUUAAAGAAAAGAACAAGGAAAUGUUUGGGUUAUUCAUCCAUUUUUUUCCUUCAGCCUUAAAGGUCCUCCAAUACCAGGUGACCACUUGGUAGGUUAUGAAAUUAUGUGUGUUACUUUGGUACCUUGUUAUUUGGGGGUUUUGUCCUUAUUUAAGUGAACAAAAAACCCUUAUUUUUUUCCAUUGGGUAAGGGGUUUUUAUUUGCUUUUUCUUCCUCCUCCCCUUUGUCUUCAGACCAGUUUACAAACUUCAUAGAGAAGUUUGAAGGCAGAGGGAAGGGGAAAAUGGCCUUGAUGGGCUUUAUCCCGUGUUUUAUGUUUACAGGAAAACCUUUUUAAUGGGUUACUGUGCACAUACCACUAGUGGGUAGACGUAGAAUGUAGCACGUAAAUGUGCACGUAGAAGUGCAUGUAAAUGAGCACUGGGGGGUGUAGCACUGUAGAAGGGAGCUGUAGAAUGUAGCACUGGGUGGUAGAUGUAGAAGUAGACUGUAGAAUGUAGCACUGUAGAAGGGAGACUGGAGAAUGUGCACUGGGUGUGUAGCACUGUAGAAUGUAGCACCUGUAGAAUUUUUAAACACUGGGUGUGUAGCACUGUAGAAAUGUAGCACUGUAGCGGAAUGUAGACUGGGUGUUGUAGCACUGGAGAAUGUAAGCACGGGGUGUGUAGCACUUUUAGGAAGGGUAGCACUGUAGGAAUGUGCAACUGGUUAGAAUGUAAACCCCGGGGUGUGGUACCAACUGGGAAGAAAUGUACCACGGGUUUUUUAAGCAACUUAGGAAAUUGUUACCAAUUGGUCAAUGUACCACUGGGGUUUAGCGCUCUAGAAUGUACCACUUUGGUUUGUGAAUGAACUAUAGGAAUUUUUUCCACUUGGGUUUUUGUGAGCACUGUAGAAUGUACCACUGUAGAAUGUACCAAUGGUUGUGAGACUCUGGAAUGUACCACUGGUGUGUAGCACUCUGGAAUGACCCCACUGGUUUUGUAAGCACUUUUGGGGAAAGUACCACGGGUUGUGUAAAGCAAUCGGAAUUGUUACGCUGGGUGUUUACACUCGAAUGGUACCUGGGGUGUAGCGCUUUUUCUAGAUAUGUACCGCGGGUGUGUAGCGUCUAGAAUGUACAACGGGGUGGUGUACGCUUUAGAAUGUACCAUGGGUGGUAGUGUCUAGAAAUGUCCCACUGGGUGUUUUGCGCUUAGAGUGUACCCGGUUGUUUAGCGCUAGAAUGUUAACAAAAAGUGGUUUAGCUCUGAAAUGUACCACAGGGUGUUUUGGCACUUAGAAUGUACCACUGUAGAAUGUACAAGUAAACGGGGGGGGGAAUCAAAACCGCCAUGGGGGUGGAACCAUUUUACUUUGUCAUUCCUUGAAAACGGGUGGUAUUGCAACAUUUGUUUGGUUUAGGGAAAUUUGUUUUACGAAGGAUUCGGGGGGAAAAAUGUUGGGGGGUUUUUUUUUUUGAGAGUGAUUUAAAAAAAAAUGUUUUAAAAAGAAAAUUUUGGGCCCAAAAAAUGAUGAGGGCCCCCCCUUCCCUGGAUCCCCGGGGGGAAAUUUUUUGAAAGGAAGUUAAACAGGCAAGAUUUUCUUUGGCAAAAUGGCGGGGGUUAAUUUUGUUUUUUUUUAAAAAAUUAACCUAACCCAAAAGGCCCCUUUUUUUUUUGGAUUUUAUUUUGGGCUAUAGAAAAUAAUUGGGGUUUAGUAAAAAAAAGAUGAGACAGGGGACUAUAAAAAAAAAAACCCUUUUUAAAAGGAAUUUUUUAAAUUUUUUUUAUAACGUUGCACCGUACUGACAGACCCACUUGAGCUCACUCAUGUCUCCUCUAUUGGCUUUCCCUUCAAAAGCCAUGUUCGACAGGGGAAAAGGAGGGGAAAUUCAAAAGAGUUCGCGGGCGUGUGGAAGUACAUCACGGACUGGCAGAAAAUCUUCCGCACUUAGAAGAGACCACUCGGGUUAUGACCAGAAGAGCUCAAGCAGCACUGACUGGAUUCGGGAGCAAAGUAUGCUUUCUUAUUUGACAACGGUGGAGGGCCAACCGCUGAUGUAUGUUUCACAGGGCACCCCGUAUUUAAUGCCCUUCCUUAAGGUCAAAUAAGGUCAACAUGCAUGAUCCUGGAUAAAGCUACUGUAUGUGCCAAAAUAGUUGUGUAUAUCAGUGGAGGCUGCUGAGGGGAGGACGGCUCAUAAUAAUGGCUGGAACGGAGUGAAUGGAAUGGCGUCAAACACAUGGAAACCAUGAGUUUCAUGUAUUUGAUAUCAUCCCACUCAUUCCGUUCCAGCCAUUACCACGAGCAUGUCCUCCCAAAUCAAGGUGCCACCAACCUCCUGUGGUGUAGAUAUAGACAUGCUUUGUUGUUAUUUUUUGUCCUUGUAUUAUUAAAAUGAAGUAGUGCUUAGUCCUGUAUGUGAAGUGAACAGGAGAAAGCCCUAUGGAUGUUACACAUUGGGUAAGGGUUAUUGUGAUGUUGACUGUUCUCUGACCUCCUCCCCAGGGUAUCGUCUCUCAGACCAGUUCUACAACACUCUCAUAGAGAAGUUUGAUAGGCAGAGGAAGGGACAAGUGGCCUUUGAUGACUUCAUCCAGUGUUGUAUUGUUCUACAGGUAACCCUUUUUUAAUGGGUUACUUUCCCCUACCCUAGUGGGGUACACUGAGAAUGUAGCACUGUGAAAUUUCAUGUGAAAGUACAUGGGUUGUACGUGAAUGUAGCACUGUAGAAUGUAGCACUGUAGAAUGUAGCACUGGGUGUGUAGCACUGUAGAAUGUAGCACUGUAGAAUGUAGCACUGUAGAAUGUAGCACUGUAGAAUGUAGCACUGGGUGUGUAGCACUGUAGAAUGUAGCACUGUAGAAUGUAGCACUGGGUGUGUAGCACUGUAGAAUGUAGCACUGUAGAAUGUAGCACUGGGUGUGUAGCACUGUAGAAUGUAGCACUGUGUAAUGUAAAAGCACUGGGUGUGUAGCACUGUGAAGGUGUUAGCACUGUAAAUGUAGCACUGUAGAAUGUAGCACUGGGUGUGUAGCACUGUAGAAUGUAGCACUGUAGAAUGUAGCACUGGGUGUGUAGCACUGUAGAAUGUAGCACUGUAGGAUGUAGCACUGUAGAAUGUACCCCGGGGUGUUUAGCACUCUAGAAUGUACCACUGGUUAUGUACCACUGGGUGUUUAGCGCUCUAGAAUGUACACUGGGUGUUUAGCGCUCUAGAAUGUACCACGGGGUGUUUAGCACGCUAGAAUGUACCACUGGUUAUGUACCACUGGGUGUUUAGCACUCUAGAAUGUACCACUGGGUGUUUAGCGCUCUAGAAUGUACCACGGGGUGUUUAGCACUCUAGAAUGUACCACUGGUUAUGUACCACUGGGUGUUUAGCGCUCUAGAAUGUACCACUGGUUGUCGUAGCACUGUAGAAUGUACCACUGUAGAAUGUACCACUGGUUGUGUAGCACUCUGGAAUGUACCACUGGUUGUGUAGCACUCUGGAAUGUACCACUGGUUGUGUAGCACUCUGGAAUGUACCACUGGUUGUGUAGCACUCUGGAAUGUACCGCUGGGUGUUUAGCACUCUGGAAUGUACCGCUGGGUGUGUAGCACUCUGAAUUACCCUGGGUGUUUUAGGCUCUAGAAAGUACCACGGGUGUUAGAGCUCUAGAGUGUACCACGGUGUGUUUAGUGCUCUAGAAUGUAACACAGUGUGUUUAGCACUCUAGAAUGUUCCACUGGUUGUGUACCACUGGGUGUUUAGCACUCUAGAAUGUUCCACUGGUUGUGUACCACGGGGUGUUUGGCACUCUAGAAUUUUACCACGGGGUUUGUCACUGUGAAUGUACCACUGUAGAAUGUACCACUGGUGUGUAGCAUUUGAAAUUACCCCGGUUGUGUAGCCUCUGGAAGUACCGCUGGUUGUUAGCACUCGAAUGUCCGCUGGGUUGUGUAGCACUCUGGGAUGUACCGCUGGGUGUUUAGCGCUCUAGAAUGUACCACGGGGUGUUUAGCGCUCUAGAAUGUACCACGGGGUGUUUAGCACUGUAGAAUGUCCAACCACGGGUAGAAUGUACCACGGUUGUGUAGCACUCGGGUAAUGUACCACUGGUUGUGUAGCACUCGAAGUACCGUACCUUUAAGUCCGCUGGUUGUGUAGCACUCGGAUGAGGUUUACCGCUCUGGUUGGGUUUUACCCCUCUGAAUGUACCACUGGGUGUUUAGGCCCGCUACUAGAAUGUACCACGGGGCCGGGGUUUUGCGCUCUAGAAUGUACCACGGGGUGUUUACACUCUAGAAUGUCCACUGGUUGUAACCCACUUGGUUGUUUGUGCUAACUGUAGAAUGUACCACUGGUUUUACACUCUAAUUUCCCCCUGGUUGUUAGAAAUCUUAAUGUCCACUGGUUUUUGUAGCACUUGAGAUGUCCCAUGUUAAUGUACCACUGGGUUGUUUAGCACUCUGGAAUGUACCCUGGUUGUUUAGCACUCUGGAAUGUACCACUGGGUGUUUAGGCCUCUGAAUGUACCCGGGGUGUUUGGGCUCUGAAUGUACCCUGGGUUGUUUAGCGCUCUAGAAUGUACCACUGGGUGUUUAGCGCUCUAGAAUGUACCACGGUGUGUUUAGCAGCUGUUUUUUAUCUAGAAUGUACCACGGUGUGUUUUAGAAUGUACCACGGUAGCAUGUAGAAUGUACCACUGGGUGUGUAGCCUACAUUGUCACCCCAGUAUAUACAGCCCAUAUUGAGAUUGGACUUUGGGUUGGUUCAACAUGGCAUCUUUUCAUUUAUGUACAUGACAUUUUAGAGACUCUUUGCAAAUUAGAUUUCUGACCUUGACCAGUGGUUUUUCUUGGACAUACUCUUGUCUGUAAAUUAAUUAAGAUGUUUUGGGCUGGUUUCCCAGACACAGAUAAAGCCCAGUCCUGAACUAAACUAUUUCAAUGGAGAAUCUCAAUUUUGAAUGCUUUUUAGUUCUGGACUAGGCUUAAUUACAUUUCCAUUUUAGUCAUUUAGCAGACGUUCUUAUCCAGAGCCACUUACAGUUAGUGAGUGCAUACUUUAUUUUAUUUUUUCAUACUGGCCCCCCGUGGGAAUCGAACCCACAACCCUGGCGUUGCAAACGCCAUGCUCUACCAACUGAGCUACAUCCCUGCCAGCCAUUCCCUCCCCUACCCUGGACGACGCUGGGCCAAUUGUGCGCCGCCCCAUGGGUCUCCCGGUCGCGGCCGGCUACGACAGAGCCUGGAUUCAAACCAGGAUCUCUAGUGGCACAGCUAGCACUGCGAUGCAGUGCCUUAGACCACUGCGCCACAAUCUGUUUCUGGGAAAGCGGUCAACAAGGUUUAUUAACCAACAUGGCAACUGUACUGGCUAGUAUGUUUAAGUCAAGAUCUACGGAUCUCUAGAUCCACUGUAAUAUAUUAUCUUAGAUUUUUUUUUAAUAGUUAUUUUUCAUUUGUCACUUUCAGAGGUUGACCGACGUGUUCAGGAGGUACGACACGGACCAAGACGGCUGGAUCCAGGUGUCCUAUGAACAGUAUCUAUCCAUGGUUUUCAACGUUGUAUAGUAGAAACAAGAGCACAACUGGACACAACACUGUGCCAAAUCCUUCCCACCUCCACAACGUGUCUUCCUGGAUCAAGCGGACUGGGACUCUGGGACAGGAUAUAACAAUAUUACGUUCUGUCUGUCUGUCAUUUUUCAUAAUGUUUGUUUAAUAUCUGAAUCAUAUCUUGAUAAUGGUAAAGACCUGAAUAUCUGUGUUUAAGGUAAACCUGCAUUGUACAUAUUAUUUAGGACAAAUAACUGCAUGCUUCCGGGGAACUUCUGCCAAUGUUCAAAGCAUGCCCUCUAUCUCAGAUCUAUUUUGCUGAAGCCAUGUUUACAAAUACUGUGAAAGCAGGUUAUGGUCGGGCACAAACGCCUGCUUUUAGAUUCACUGACAUGCCAGCUAACGCCAUAUUUGUAUAGUCUUAUUUUUAACCAGCAAAUCUAUAAAUAAAAGUUAGAGCCUAUUAGGAUUUUAGGUAAAAUAAGCGUAUGCGUUUGUAUUGCUUUGUGUGUGCAUGAUGCCUUAAACUGUAUAAAUGCAAGAGGAACCUCAUUUAUUAAAAAAAGAAACCUG